CGGCCGGGCUUGGUCGUCAAGAAAAUGCUAUGGAACCCACCGGUGUAUCGAGAAGAGGAGAGGUUUGGAUAUUGCCGCUGUCGCUGAUGCUGCUAUGGGGUGUGGGCGGCGAGCUGGAGUUAUAUAGGACAGGAGCAUAGCAUGCGCUUGUUUCUUGAGGAGAAAGCAAAGCUCGCGGCUUGGAGCAGGGUGCAAGGAUAGAAACAGAGACACAGAAGUAGCUCCCGUUCCGUCUGCACCCGGGAAAGGAAAUCAUCGUGAUCCGAACUCCGAAGUGGCCGUUAGUUAUAUCCAAUCCAAUCCAAGAAGGUUGGUUAACGGGGCGCUCUCUUUCUCUUCCUCUUGUUCGGUUCGGUUUCUGUUUCUGUUUCCUUCUUUCUUUGCCCCUAGUCCAAGACGGCCAGCGCCCCCUCCCCUCCCCUGCAUAUAAGCAGGCACGAUCCCGCAGCCCCAUGGCCUCCAAAGCAACGCAAGCACAAGCAGCGACAUCGUCUUCUCAUCUUCACGUAGAUACAGACAAGUUUUUCGGGGCCUGAUGGAGGACAAGGGGGCGGCUGCGCCGGCGGUGCUGGAGAAGGAGGCGCAGGCGGUGGCGGCGACGUCGUGCUUCAAGAGGACGGUGGGCGAGGACGCGUCGCUGUUGGAGCUGGCCAAGGACCAGUACCGGCAGUUCGCGGAGGCGCAGGGGAGGGACCACUGGGAGUGCAUCAAGAACAAGGUCAGCUCCAUGUUCGUCGACCCCAUCUUCAGCGGCUUCAAGCCCGACUCCACCGCCAACACGCCGCCGCCGCCGUCCGUCGAGUCGCAGUAGAUUGUCGUCGUUCGUUCGCCUGCCGUCGUCCGUCUAGAUGACCUAUAUACCGUUGCUACUUUAUUAUGAGGAUCACGGGCAUUGUUUUUAGUUGUGGGGAACUUCUAUCCUCAACUCGAGGAGCUGUAUAUUGUGGAUUUUGAGUUUAUUAAAUUCUUCAAGUGAUUAUCUCGAAGAAGAGCA